AUGCGGCCCCACGACGCGCCGUCCAAGCGGGCGGGCGGGAGCGGGCGCGUGGCGGCCGUGGGGAUGCCCCCACCGCGGGCCAUGUCCGCCGCGCCCUCCUUCUCCGCCGCCGCCGCCGCCGCCGCCUCGUCCGCGUCCGCGCGGAAGCCGCCCGAGCCGCUCCGCCGCGCCGUCGCCGACUGCCUCUCCCCGCCGGCCCCGCACACCCACGGCCCCGCCGCCGCCGCCGCCUCCGCCGCCGCCGAGGCCUCCCGCACCCUCCGGGAUUAUAUAGCUAACCUGUCAACCAUCGAUAUGGCUUAUAAUGUCCUGAUUGACCAUGCUCUUGCAGAAAGAGAUCGGAGCCCAGCAGUUGUCCCAAGAUGCGUGGCAUUGUUAAAGAGAUAUCUUAUCCGGUAUAUUCCAAGGGUGCAAACGCUACGUCAAAUCGACAUCUUUUGUGCAAAUACCAUGGCAAAGUAUGACCCAGUGGCAGGUCACAGAGCAUCAUCAUUUGGCCAGAACAUUGGAUCAUCUGCAGCUUUGCCAAAUUCCUCUCUUGUUGCCCCACCAAUAUCGAACUUUGCUUCAGCAUCUCUUGUGAAAUCUUUAAACUAUGUCCGCUCAUUAGUUGCCAGGCAUAUUCCAAAGUUAUCAUUCCAGCCAAUUCCUCCGUCUCUGGCAUCAACCUCUACAAAACAGUCGCUUCCUUCACUUUCAUCAUUUUUGAAUAGGUCCUUACAAUUGAAUCCAGAAGCUGUUACCAACAGAGAACAUCUUGAAUCAAAGAAGGAAUUGCAAACUGCACCCGAUUUAACAUCGUCAGCAAGUGAAAAGGUCGAUGGUGGAGAGCAUGGAUAUGAUAUCAAGUAUAUAUCCUUCGACAUUCUAAAUUGGCGAUGGCAUGUAUACGGUGAACGUCAAACAUCAAGUUCUGCCAAGGAAAGCAAUGAUCUUGCAGGCCUUCAAGAUUUUCAUACACAGGGUUUUCUUGAAGUUGGUGCUGCAGCUCUUCUAGUAGGGGAUAUGGAGGCAAAGAUUAAUGAUCAACAAUGGAAAUAUUCUGUUAUCCAGGAAUUUCCUGAUAUUGAUUUAUUGCAACCUUCAACUUCGACAGCUAGCACUUUUGCAUCAUCGCAGGGUCAUCUGAAAGCAAUAACUGCCUCAAAACGCAUGAAAUCGGGCCCGAGUCAAGUUUGGGUGAAUGUACCUGCAAACACAUUCCAGCCUCGAGCACGUCCCCUUUUUCAGUAUAGGCACUACAGUGAGCAGCAACCCUUGCGAUUGAACCCUGCUGAAAUUUCUGAAGUCAUUGCUGAAGUUUGUUCAGAAACAACUUCAAAUGCAAAUCAAUUUAAUGCUCCAUCAAGAUUGACCACCCAGAGUCGGCAACCUUCAGCGGAUGUGGCAUUUAGUGUCCUCAUUAAACUUGUUAUUGACAUGUAUAUGAUGGACUCUGAGGCUGCUGCUCCUCUGACACUUUAUAUGCUUGAGGGCAUGUUAAGCUCUCAGAAAUCACCUGCCAGAACAAAGGCUUUCGAUCUGAUUCUGAACCUUGGGAUUCAUGCACACCUUCUGGAGCCUAUGAUAGUUGAAGAUGCACCACUUAUUGAAAAAGGUGAUACUACAAGCAACUCUUAUCUGAACAAUGAGUACGGACCCAAUAUGGAUGAACAGAGGGAAGCGGAACCUGAAGAAGAGCAAAGGAUUAGUCCUGCUAUUGAUCAGUUUGAGUCAUGGCUUCUCAAAAUACUAUUUGAAGUUCUCCUUCUCUUGGUUCAGAUGGAGGAGCGGCAGGAGAUCGUGUGGGCAUCAGCUUUAAGUUGUCUAAUUUACUUUGUUUGUGAUGGAGGGAAAAUCAUCAGGAGCAGACUUGGAGGUUUGGACAUAAGGGUUGUUAAGACUCUUCUUGAGAUUAGUGUGGAACACUCAUGGGCAAAAGUAGUGCACAGCAAGCUCAUUUGCAUGCUGACAAAUAUGCUGUACCAAGUACCAGAUGGGACUCAGAGUGGUGCACUUGAUACACAUUUUGUUCCCGAACGGAUAGAUCUUCUUGGUGGAGUUGAUUAUAUCUGUCUUGAGUAUUCACGAGCCAACUCGAAGGAAGAGAAGCGGGAUUUGUUUUUUGUUCUUUUUGACUAUGUAGUGCAUCAAAUAAACGAAACAUGCUUGGCUGCUGGUCUUUCAACAUAUACUUAUGAUGAUGCUCAACCCCUUGCUUCCCUUCUUGCAUCUGCUGAUGCUCCGGAGGCCUUCUAUAUAUCUGUGAAGCAUGGUGUCGAAGGUGUUGGGGAUAUGCUGACAAAAGCUAUAUCUGCGGCAUUAUCACAGUCAGCAGAAUACGAGCAAUUAAACACGCUUCUGGACAAGGUUAUCAGGAAACUUGAUGGAACUGUGAGCACAUUUUCAAGGAUUGACAAUGAGUUUGCUUAUAUGAUCCAAGUAACAAAAUCCUUCAAGUGUUUCAGCAGCAUUCAAGAUGGAUCUGAAGAUGGUGACAUUGCAUCUAGGGCAAGGCUUUGCUGGGCUACUUUGCACUCACUUCUUCACUCACAAAUUUCAUCAUACAGGCACCAUGGAUAUAUUUGGUUAGUUGAAUUGCUCCUCUCGGAAGUAAGUGAAGAAACAGAUGGCUCUGUUUGGUCUAAAAUCCAAAACCUUCAGGAGGAAAUUAAAGAUGCUGGAAGCCACGACACCUCGUGUCCAGAAGUUUCACUGCCCGUUUGUCUGCUGUGUGGGCUUCUGAAAUCAAAGCACAACUACAUCAGAUGGGGAUUUCUAUAUGUUUUAGAGAAAUUUCUGAUGCGGUGCAAAUUAUUAUUGGAUGACAGUGACAUGCAGGAGCAUUCAGUUGCUUAUCAUAGCAAAAACCGUCUGGACAAAGCUUUUGCGGUUAUAGAUGUUAUGAGUACUGCUUUGCUACUCGUGUUUCAAAGUAAUGAGACAGACCAUAUCAACAUCUUAAAGAUGUGUGACAUGUUGUUCUCACAAUUAUGUUUGAGGCUUCCGUCCACAAAUGUGAUGCAACUGGGCGGCCUUCAAUCCCUUGGUCAACUUUUUGGUUGCACAACUAAGAACAUGGAGUGCACAUUGGAAACCCUUGCAUCACACAAAACCAUAGGAACGAAGAGCCUUUCCAGGAAUGAGACAUUGCAAGAUACAGGCAUGAAUCAAUCUACUCAAUCCGCUCUGCUCUGCGAAACAUCAAUGUCAGCACUACUUCUGAAAGGUCUUGCGAUAGCUCCGAUGCAGCUUGUAGCCCGUGUGCCAACUUCAUUAUUUUUCUGGCCAUUGAUGCAACUUGAAGGCGCUGCCAGCGAUGAUAUUGCAUUGGGUAUUGCUGUUGGUAGCACAGGAAGAGGCAAUAUCCCUGGUGCUACAUCAGAUAUUAGAGCAGCGCUUCUUUUGCUUUUGAUUGGUAAAUGCACAGCUGAUCCAGAAGCACUUUCGGAAGUAGAAGGCAAUGAGUUCUUCAGGGGGCUUCUAGAUGAUACAGACUCAAGGGUGGCAUAUUAUUCUGCUGCCUUUCUCUUGAAGCGGAUGAUGACAGAGGAACCAGAUGUCUACCAAAGGAUGCUCCAAAGCCUCAUUUCAAAAGCUCAACAGUGUAACAAUGAAAAACUUCUGGAGAACCCAUACCUUCAAAUGCGCGGAAUAUUGCAGUUGUCAAAUGAUCUAGGGGUUCAAUAA